AUGGAAACAAGAAAGGGUGUGAUAGUCAAGCUUGCUAUAUUGGGCUCGCUAAGCAUAGGUAUUUUUGUUGUCGGAAAAAGACACAUCUCGCAUAACAAGGAAAAUAGACAUUUGCAGGAAACUGAUGCCAUAACAGAUACCAAGGAAUUUGAAUCUAACCCAUUAAGGCCUGGUUUUCCUCUCCAAGAGACUGCGCAGAGAGAGUCCAAAUAUGUAGGAGCUGGAAGUGCAUACGCUUCGCGAAAGAAGGGAGACAAGUUUACUAUGUUUAACAUAUUUGAUAAAGGCGAGUAG